AGAUACCGGAUGAGGAAGCAGAACUGUCCGAGCUGUAACUACUCGUGGUGUGAGAACAUCAAAGACAGCGAGAUGAAGCUCCGUAAAGUGGACUUCAUCUGGAUCAACAGAGACCAGAAGUCCUUCGAGUGGUUCGUCAGUUUAUUGACCAAACUGGAGAUGGACCAGGCGGACGAGGAGCCUGAAGGACGCUUCCUGGAGAUGCACAUGUACAUGACGUCAGCGCUCAGCAAGAACGACAUGAAGGCUAUCGGCCUGCAGAUGGCGCUGGACCUGCUGGCCAAGAAGGAGAAGAGGGACUCUAUCACAGGACUGAGGACCAGGACUCAGCCUGGCAGACCAGAGUGGGCAAAGGUGUUUCAGAAAGUGUCGGAGGAGAAGAAAGGGAAGGUUCACGUGUUUUAUUGCGGCUCUCCGGCUCUGGCUAAAGUCAUCAAAGCUCAGUGUGAACACUUCGGCUUCCACUUCUACAAGGAGAACUUCUGAGGAGCUGUGUGUGUGUGUGUGUGUGUGUGUGUGUGUGUGUGUGUGUGUGUGUGUGUGUGUGUGUGUGUGUAUUUGUCACACGUUGUUUAUAAAUGUGCGCUGAGCUUUUGUACAAAUUGUAAAUAAUAAUU